AUGUCUGUCUCAGUACCAGCAGCUUUUAUUAAAAAUUUAAGAAGGACAACUCUAAAGGUAGGCAGUAACGCUCUCCAACUUUCAUCAAAAUUAACUCAACAAUACAAGAAUUUAAUAGUGAAUACAUUUAUAUGGUCAUCAAGACUAUCUAAUAGUAGAGUAAAUUAUGCCCUUUCCUCACCACAACCAAUUCCCCAGGCAUUGGGAUAUGGAUACUUCUCUCCUCAAAACCCUUUUAUUGGUAACAAUAUUACCAUGACCUUUGAAAGUCGUACAGCUGCCGAAAACAUUGUAGUUCUUUUCAAUCGUAAUGAACACAUUCCAAUAUAUAAUAUUAGAUUUCAAGGAGCUAUUUGUAGCAUUGAAAUCCAAUUAUGUAACCAUCAAGAUCUACAAUUCAGAUCUUUUAUUUCUACAACUUCAACAACUUCAACGACGAGUCCAACAACUUGA